AUGAGACCUGUCUUUUUACUGUGCACCUUGACCUGCUCACAAUUAGUAGUGGCUGCACCAUUGCCAGUCUUUGGCGCCUUGAGCAAAUUAAAAAAUGAACUUUUCAAAAAUCAUCGAAAUCCUUAUGGUACUUUAAAACAGCCUAGCCCAAGCGAGUCAGCGCAUCAAACAAGCACUGUUGAAUCCUAUAGCGCUGCGCCUGAAGUCACUUCAAACGAACCAGAUCUUCCAAUAGUAGAGCCAUAUGAUCCUGAAGAUUAUGAUCCAAGAAUGCAAACUCCUCUCGAAAAAGAACUUGAUGAACUGUAUACUCGACUGGAAGAGAUGGAAGAGUAUAUGGAGAUCAUAUCUGCGGAUGUUUUAAAUUACUCCUCCCUACUUUCCUACGAACAAAACAAGGUUCAUCAUAAACAUAAUGUCGAUGGCUUUUCUAAAUUACGACAGCGAAUGCAAUCAGUUCAGAAAGGUGUAAAAUGGCUCGAAAAGCAAAUCAAGAAGACCGAAGAUAAAAUACAACAUGAAAAAAAAUCAGGUUCUUUUAAACCGGAAAUUGCAAGAUGCAACUCAAUUUAUGAUCCACAUCCGAUUAAAAAGAAAAGUAAAUCAGGACCCUUUUCUAAACUUUUUGGUAAAUUUAAACUUCCAAAACUCGGCCUUGAAAUCAAAUUACCAUUUCCUAAAGCUUGCAGCAAAUCUAAACCUUCAAAGGCUAAUCGUAAAAUCAAAUUACCACUUUCUGAAGCUUGGAACGAAUCUAAACUUUCAAAACUCGGUCGUAAAAUCAAAUCACCGCUUUCCGAAGCUUGGCGUAAAUCUGGACUUCCAGAACUCGGUCGUAAAAUCAAAUCACCGCUUUCCGAAGCUUGGCAUAAAUCUGGACUUCCAAAACUCGACCUUGAAAUCAAAUCACCACUUCCUAAAGCUUGGAGUAAAUCUAAACUUCCCGAAGUCGAUCUUGAAAUCAAAUUACCACUUCCUAAAGCUUUGCGUGAAUCUAAACUUGCAGAAUUCGGUCGUAAAAUCAAAUCAUCACUUUGGGAAGCUUGGCAGAACUUUAAACUUCCCGAAGUCGAGCUCGGCCUCGGAAAAUGA